AUGCGUUACUAUCCCCAAGCCGUCAACUUCCUCCGCAUCCUGCGCACCUUGUCCACCUUCACACAGAGGCCCCGCAUACCGCAGCACUCAUUGUUAUCAAAUAGAAAUAUCAUCCUCCUAAAGUCUUCUAUGCCUACGAUUCCCUUUCUCAGCGGCUUCUUCGGUUCAUCCUCAUCCUCAUCCUCUUCCAACAAAAUGCCCGAGAACUACCCCGUCCAAAAGUCCGCUGAUGAGUGGCGUGCGGUUCUUAGCCCUCAACAAUUUCGCAUCCUCCGCGAAAAGGGCACCGAACCCGCCGGCACCGGCAAGUUCGACAAGCACUACCCCUCGGCGGGCGUCUACACCUGCGCCGGCUGUCAUGCGCCGCUGUACAAGGCCUCGCACAAGUUCAACUCGGGCUGCGGCUGGCCGGCCUAUUUCGACAGCAUCCCGGGCGCCGUGACGCGGCACGAGGACCGCGCGUUCGGCAUGACCCGGACCGAGAUCGUGUGCAGCAACUGCGGGGGGCACCUCGGCCAUGUGUUCAAGGGCGAAGGGUUCAACACGCCGACGGAUGAGAGGCAUUGUGUGAAUAGCAUUUCUUUGACGUUUAGUGAGGAUGAGACGGCCGCUGAUAAGAAGGAGUAA